AUGGAGGAAACGAAAGGAGAUAGCAGACAUUUCCAUGAUGCAUGGGCAUUCGUCUUAUACAUCAUUCUCACAACAUUGACAACAUCGUGGAUGGUAUCAGAAAUGAAAAGCCUCCCUCAGUACAACGAAGAAGCUCUCCUCCCGUUUCUAGCAACCAACGUGGGCCUUAUGCUUGUGUUUCUGUUGGUGGCAUAUCUAGGAUUUCGGUACGCUGCAAAAGGAUUCAUAUUCUUCGCCAACGUUGUGGCUCCAACAGCAAUAUUUUUCCUUUCACUGCUCACUCUGAAUCCAUUUGUUAUUCUCUCCGCAGGCAUCACGUUCGGGAUUUCCCUGAUGUUCUACUUCUGGUCUAUAAAGCCUGUUCUUCCAUUGAUGGCUCCAAUGAUAGAAGCCACUGCAAAAAUACUUUCCUUGAAUCUCAUAGGGUGCACGGUUCUUCUUCUUGCAUCUGUGUCCUUACAAGUCAUCCAAAGCUUCAUAUUUCUAAGAGUACUUGGAAACGAUAGCGCAAUCAAAGGUAUCAUGUCCAUUCUUUUCAUUUUGAAUAGCUACUGGACAUUCUUUAACACAAUAUACUUCACCCAGGUCGCCGUGUCCGGAAUCAUCACCACCCAUGUGGAGAAAAAUGGAGAGGAGUCUUUCAAGGAGUCCUUCUACAUAGCCUUCAUGGCACUCGGCAGUAUUUCGUUUGCAGGCCUGAUCAUGGCUGCAGUGAGUACAGCCAAGUUCCUUCUCGAGAGAGAAAGAGACAGAGACAGAGAGCGAGGCUCUAGUGGCAUCAUUAAUAUAAUCUUGCUGUGCCUGGUAAAUAUCAUUGGAGACCUCGUGAAUCUGAUGAACGAGCUGGUGUUUCCAUACCUUGCAGUUCAUGGAACUAAAUACACAGAGUCUGUAAGCAAGUCCUAUAACUUAAUUGAAGAAAAGAGAGGUGUUACUCUUCUCAGCAACAUGGCCAUAGGAAAGGUGAUCUUCUUCUGCUUAUUGUUCUUUAUCUGCUUCAUUGCAUCUGGGGAUACUGCUCUACUUUCAGCAAACCCUAGCUUCCAGUCAAACGACCUCACAUAUGUCACGAUCGCUAUCGUGUGUGUUCCUUUGAUCACCUUUGUCUACAGCUUCCUCUCCAUGUUUUCUUCUGGAACACUGGCGUUGAUAUAUUCAUAUCUUGAGUCUCCAGAGGCCGUCAAGAGAGUAGAGCCCGAGCUAAUCGAGAAGAUAGGCCGUUUUAGCUAG